AUGAAGCCAGGAUGUGUGGCUUACCUCUGCCUUGGAUCGAUGAUCGGCCUCGUGCAGGGGAUCAGCACUGGCAAUAAUUCCGAGCCGGUGACCCUCAUUGUUGGGAGGGAAGGGAGGAACAGAUCAAGCCCAUUACUGUACGGAGUAAUGUUCGAGCUGCUACAAAAUAACGGCUUCCAAGGUACGAGUCUUGGAAUGACUUCAUACGCACCGGUCGGAGAUGCCGAGAUUUCUCAGGACAUGUCAAACCCUGUGAGCGAAGCGAUCACGUCUUCGCUCAAGGUUUCUGUGCCUGAUGGCGUUACCGAGUACGUCGGCUUCGCAAAUACCGGCUACCUCGGUGUCCCGGUCAUGAAUCACACGUACAGGAGCUCGUUCUGGAUGAAAGGAAACUACUCUGGAACGGUCAAUUUGCAACUCCUCGGAUCCGUUAGCGGUGUCGUGUAUGCCGAUCACAAUCUCACCGUUCAGAGCACCAGCUCAAAAUUCAAAGAAAUUGAAACGUCAUUCAAUUCUACUCAGUCUCCGGAUGGGGAUAACGAGUGGCAUCUGACCGUCGAUGGAUCGAAAGUGGCUGGCAGCUCAUUGAACUUUGGCUUAAUCCAGUUAUUCCCACCGACGUAUAAUGACAGAGAUAAUGGGUUGCGGCAUGAUUUAGCCACAGCUCUUGAGCACGUCAACUCAGCCUUUCUUCGAUUUCCAGGUGGAAACAACAUCGAGGGCUUGGAGGUCGACAGUAGAUGGAAAUGGAACACCACGAUCGGCCCUCUCGUUGAGCGCCCCGGACGCGAAAGCGAUUGGUUCUAUCCAAACACAGACGCGCUUGGCCUUGAUGAGUACCUAUGGUGGUGCGAAGAUAUGAACAUGGUUCCUCUCCUGGCUGUCUGGGCUGGAAAGUCUUAUGGCGAUAUUGUUUCUGGCCCGGAUCUUGAACCCUUCAUUGAUGAUAUCAUGAAUGAGAUGGAAUACCUUUUUGGUAGUGAAGACACCCAUUACGGAAAGAUGCGCGUUCAGAACGGCCAAAAGAAGCCCUGGAAAGUCGACUUUAUUGAGAUUGGCAACGAGGACGAUCUCACUGGUGGCUGUGAUACUUACCCGGAUCGCUUCAACCAGAUCUACAAGACGAUACACGACAAAUACCCGAACAUCACGCUAGUCGCCUCUAAUGGCAACUACUCGUGCCUGCCGUCGCCACUGCCACAGAAUGUCAUCAUCGAUCUGCACUUGUAUCGCCAGCCUGAUGAUUUUGUGGCCCUGUUCAAUCAAUUUGACAACCAGCCCCGAAACCAGUCCCUCAUGGUUGGUGAAUACGGGUGUCGGAAUACGUCGAGCGCCCUUGGAACUUACUGGUCAUUUAUGCAAGGCAGCUGCAGUGAGGCUGUUUACAUGAUGGGCAUGGAGCGGAACAGCGAUAUUGUGAAAAUGGCAGCGUAUGCGCCAUUGCUUGAACAUUUCGGAUUCAUAUCGUGGUCGCCCACCAUGUACGGCUUCAACUCGAGCCCAGAGACAAUCACACUCUCAACGUCCUACUAUGUGCAGCGGAUGUUCUCCUCAAACAAGGGAAACACGGUUCUUCCAGUCAAUUCAACGGGGGAAUUUGGCCCACUGUACUGGGUGGCCACGAAGACCGACUCCAGAUACUUUAUGAAAGUUGCGAAUUACGGGCCAGAUGAACAGAACGUCACUAUCAGUAUUCCGAAGACGGAGUCAGGGAGGCUGGAGAUGCUGGCUGGCUCUCAGAACGAGGGUAAUCAGCCUUUCAAUGUAACGGUCAUGCCGGUUACUACUAAUCUAAAGGGUGAUCAUGGAAAUUAUUCGGUGACCAUGGCGCCAUGGGCUGUUGCUGUUUUGAUCGCGACAUGA